GAUUUGUCUCCAGCAGGAAGUGAAACACCCAGGUUCCUUGUGAAAGAUAACAACAGCGAAUAAAAAUGUGGUGUUUUUGCACUGCUGGAAAUCGGUACAGAAGAAAGAACUCUGACCAUGCACAGAGGGCCUAUUGAGUAACCACACCCAGCUGCUGAACAGCUGCCAGGUCAAACAGUGUGACUUCAAGUUGAAACAGAGCUCCAGGGCCUCUUUUUAUUUUUAGAUACAGCAAAUGCUCUGAAGGUACUGAGCCAUACUGUACAACAAUAUUGAUACAGCCAUUUAAUGCUUCCCUGUCAGACCUUUCCUCUCCUCUCAGUGACAUUUAGAGUGUAAGCUGCUCAAGUCCGGGGUUUGUCCUUUUAGUUAGGGUAUCUUGCCAAGGAGUGGCUCUAUAUAAAUAGUAAGUUACAAUGGCAGAGAUGCCAGUUUUCAUACAUCCAUUUUACCCUGAGGCUGGGAAAGAUGGUGUACCUAAGUAAGGCCGCUUCCCCCGCUCAGGUGCAACCACCCACACUUCAGGCCUGCACGUCAAUGCUUACCCCCCUCCCCAUCACAGGUAGGCUCUGCUCAUCUAUUUGGGGCAAGCAAACCCCCUGGCCUGGCCUACCUGCCCGGUAGCAGCCUGGAGCCCUCCCUGCUCCUUCCUGGGCUCUCAGGAACCCGCCUCGCCUGUUUGCCUAGUCUGGGCUUGUCCCUCCCUUUCGUGUGUGGCAGGCUUGUCCUGACGGGCCUUCCCUCCCAGCUUCAAAAAGGGAGUGCCUGGCUUCCUUCUCCCACUUUUCCCAGGAAGGCACAGCUGGCUGGAUCUAUGCGGAGGGAGGCAGCCGGAAAGUGAGGAAGGAGCUGCCAUGGAGGUCUUGGUCUUGGUGGACUUUGAUGGGCAGCUGGGUGAUGAGCUGAAGAUCACUGCCGGCGACAUCAUCCAGAAGGUGCAACCAGGCCCUGAAGAGGGAUGGCUGCAAGGGGAGCUGGAGGGCCGGGUGGGGCUCUUCCCUCGGCAGUUUGUGCAGGAAAUCCCAGUGAGCCUCCGAGCUGAUGGCACCCAGCGAUACCCCCGAUCCAUUCGCAGUGUCCACGCUGUGAACAAGCUGCCAGCUGCGAAGGAGCGCUGGUGCCGGGUCACCUUCUCUUACACCCCAGCAAAGGACGAUGAGCUGGAGUUGUGCCCCGGAGAAGUGGUGCAGAUCUUGGAGCAGAUUGAAGACGGCUGGUGGUUGGGCAAGAAGAACGGGAAGUUGGGAGCCUUCCCGUCCAACUUUGUACAAGAGCUAAACGACUUGCCUUCAGAGAUGGUUUUUGCAGAGCCCAAAGUCGGAGCGGGGAAGCAGCGCCCCAAAAUGACCAAUGAGACCUUCGUCCUCAGUGAGCCGGAGAAGGUGGAGAACACCCUGGAGAAGCCUACCCCUCCUCGGAUGCAGGCGAGUCCCAAAGUCCAAGCUCUGCAGACCAAUGACGCUCCUGUCUAUUGCCGAGCCAUGUUUGAUUACGAACCAGAGCAUGAAGAUGAGCUCCUCCUCCGGAAAGGCGAUUUGGUCCUUUUGUUGAGCAAGGAGACGGCGGAUAUGGGCUGGUGGGAAGGCGAGUGCCGUGGCCGGAAGGGGCUUUUCCCGGACAACUUUGUCAUGCCUCUGGCCCAGGUGGAGCCUGAGAUAAAAGCUAAGGUACCAGAGCGGAGGAAGGACUCCGAAAAAGCUCCCAAGCCAGGAAAGAAGGUCCUCCAAGGUGGCAAGGUGGAGAUGAAACAUCCUGGAGACCACAAAGACUCAAAGGAACAAAAGAAAAUGGAAAGCCCCAGGCUGACUCCUCUUCCGGUCAAGAAGGCAGCUCCCCCUCCUCCUGUGCCGGCUAAGACCAAACCAGCCCCCAACAUUCCCCACAAAUCCUUAGGCAUUCCAGUUCCCAGCACAGCAACCCCUGUGGGAAAAGGAAAAUGCAAGGAGAAAAUAGCAGAGAUCAACACUUUUGAUGCCGUCCUUGUUCCCAGUGCCAAACUGAGCCACCCAACAGCCAGCCGCCCUAAAGUGCCAGGGAAGAGGCCACCCAGCCAGCUGAUGACCAGCUCACUGGACGAGAUAGAAUCAACCCAGCCCUCGAGCUCCACAGAGAAAGCUAAAGGCCCUGAACUGUUGAAGGAGCAGUCCAGUUACACCAGAGAAGAGCCUACAGCUCUAACCUGUGAGGCAUCACAAACAGAGGAACAGCCAGCAUCUCUGGAUGAUCUCAAGGCAGAGCUCCGGUCUCUGAAGACCAUGAUGGACCUGAUGCGUGCACAGCAUCGGAAAGACAUGGAGGAUCUGAAGGUGGAGAUGGGACGUGAGCAGACCAAGCGGGCCGCCUUACAGGCAGAAAUUGAGUGGCUGAAGCAGACGGUGCCUGUACCUGGGUCACUGGACAGUAAGCGCCACGCACCUGGAAGUGGAGCCACAGAGCUGGCAGGCCCUGCCAUCCCAUCCUCACAUACUCCCAACACUCCCUCCGCAAUCUCUACCAAGGACUGAAUGAGCUGCACUGCUGCAGCUUCUCUGUCUUGGCUUAUCACUAUUGAACUCUUAGCUGAAUCUGUACCUCUUUUGGGGGGGGGGAGAUACCCCUCUGCCUCACAACCUGUGGCCUUCCCCAUCUCAGCCACAUCCAGAGAACCAUAUUGAUGUGUGACUAGCAGUGCCUGACGCCACCCAUUUGUACUUUCCUCCUGCCUGCUUCAGGUGGCUGCUCUGUGGCUGAGGACACCUUGCUCACUGGGAUGGCCCAGCAGCAGUUACUAUGACAAUGGUGCAGUGGGUGUUUGUCAAGUGAAACCAAAGGUGAUCAGCACACCUUUCUUUCCUGCCCCCAUGCCCUCCUGCAUCCCCCUCCAUAUUGGCCCACAAACAUCAACUAUGGGUUCAGUUUAUUUUUUACCCUCUGAAGCCAGGGCAUAGCUAACUGGGCAGGCUUGUGGCACAUGAAAUUUGGCUUGGCUGCCAUAGCUUCUCCAGCCAAUGGGCUAAGAUGCUUCAGCCACCCAAGAGUUCUUACAGGUCAAGUGACGGCUUUCAUUGGAUGGCGCUAAACUGUUUUGGAAGCAGUUGGUUUACUUUGCAAUGUGGGCAAACGUUUUCAGUCUCCCUUCAGAAGCAGUCAUAUAGCUUGCCAUAGGCUGCACCAACUUUCUCCAACCCCUAGUGCCUUCCUGCUGCCAUGGACUACAUCAGCCUCUGCCUAGGUUGUCCUCUUCUUAAUAUGUCCCAGUGGGGAGCAGUAGGUAAACUGCCCAGUCUCUUUUUCAACUGCCCCAGGACAGGCAGAGAAGCAUGUCUGAAGAAAUCUGACUCACUCAUGGACAGUUCCUUACACAGUAGAUGAAAAUACUCAAAACUCUUUAUGCAUAACUUUUUAACAUUUAAUUUAAAAU